UGGCGAGUGAAAAUUGAAACAAACAAAAAAAAUCAUAAGCGGGUGAAUUCGAGAUGCCGGCUACCGUCGCCGUCACCGACUACUGGAAUAAGGAAAAGAGCAUGUGGACUCCAUCCGUUGGACGCCCUCGAAAAACUUUACACGAAGUGACCAAUAGACUAGUUCAAAUUGGAAAAGAGGACAUACCUAAAGUAACACCAAUGGAAAAUUUGCGCGAAUACUGUCUGAAUACCACCAUUCAUGGUCUGAAGUACGUCGGAACCAUAAGUCUUUCAACGGUGGAAAGAGCGUUCUUUUCCGUUUCAUUUCUGAUGGUAUCGAUUCUGUCGAUCUAUUUCAUCACUAACGUGUACCAAAAGUGGCAAUCGACACCGAUCAUAAUCGGGAUGAAUCCGGUUGCGACUCACAUCCGCGAUAUUCCUUUCCCGGCGGUCACAAUUUGCAACAUGAACCAGGCACGCCGCACGGUUGCGUUGACAAUCGCACCGAACAGCGCUGAACAGAUGGUACUGGACAGCAUCUGUGCGCUGGACAGCGACGUUAACAUGACCCGCUUCGAAGGUAAGUGGUCCACUGUUCGGCAGUUGCUGUUGGGUGCCACGCAACCGUGCCACAAAAUGAUCCAAGCCUGUCGAUACGCUCAGAAAGUUCAAAAGUGUAGCUACAUGUUUCAGCCGGUGCUAACCGACGAAGGACUGUGCUGCACGUUUAACAGCGUCGAUUCUUCCUACAUGAUGCUCCAUGAAGAUGAAUCUACGAAACAAGAACAAGAUACAGGUAACCCGUUUACACCGAUUGAUUGGACACCGGAAAGCGGCUAUGUUGGUGAACUAACAAACCGAAGCUAUCCUAGGGCGGUUGCCGGCACUGGAGCUCACAUGGGUUUAACCGUCAUAUUGGAUGCCAACGUAAACGACUACUUUUGCUCGUCAACAAGUUCGUAUGGAUUCAAGCUGUUGCUGCACAACCCAACCGAAACACCAAAAAUGGCCGAAUACGCUCAAUACAUCGAGGUUGGCUCGGAAAACCGCGUUAUCGUGUACCCAAGACUCAGUGAUGCAUCCUAUCUCAUCCGGAAGGUUUCCCAACCGCAAAGGCAGUGUGUCUUCGCGAACGAAGCCAAUCUGUCCUACUAUCGAACGUACUCGCGCAACAAUUGUGAAAUGGAAUGCGAGGCUCGGCUGGUUCAGGAAAACUGCGGCUGCGUGCUGUACUACAUGCCGAAGGUCCGGGAAGAUGCCAAGAUUUGCAGCAAGACAGAUGCCAGUUGCUACGAGGAAAUUAGGAUGUCGAUUGCGUUGACCGCAAACACUAGCCUUAUGUGUAGCUGUCUACCUGGUUGCUUCGAAAUAAACUACUCAACGGAUAUCUCAACCGCGCAGCUGUGCGUUGGAAAGUUCCAGAUCCGGGAAAAAUUACUGACCUAUAAUCACACUUAUGCGCGCGAAAACAUCGCCUUAAUUUACAUUUUCUUCUCGGAAACGUAUUUCCGGAGUUUAAUCAAAGGCGAACUGGUAGGCUUCACCGAUUUUCUCUCCAACAUCGGAGGACUGCUCGGACUUUUCAUGGGUUUCUCGUUGAUCUCCCUAGCAGAGGUGAUCUAUUUCAUGACUUUACGUCCACUUUUCGCGAAACGACGGGAAAGGGAAGAGAGCAGGGUUCGCGAGCGGGAAUUUAAUUUGUUCUACAAUCAUACCGUAAGCGUAACAGGCUAAGCUUAAGGAGUAAAAAUUAACAAAUAAAGUUUCAGGAUUCCCAACCAGUAAAACGGAAUGUCCAAUUUGCAGAUGAAAUCAAUCCCGUACAAAAUUUACCGCAACAAAUCCGGCUGUUCGUUACCGCACGAGUGCACCAGAUUACCGACUGGUUCGAUAGCAACCUUCGCUUGCGUAAAACGUCUGCUGGUGGAAGCAAUAGCAGCACUUUUCCAUUUUAUGAAUAAUCAUUUAAUUCCAGAGCUAAAGAUAUUCGCUGGCUUCGAACGAAUAAUUCAAUAAAUUUAUUUCAUUGCACUUAUA